AGCGGUAGUGGUGCUCUCUCUCCCUCCCACGUACCGCUUUAGCCGACAACCACAAAUCCACACAGUGACAAUCAUUCAUCUCUGCUUGGAACAACAACACCUCAGUGCGACCACAGAAUCCACCGGACUCUCACUUCAGCGCUCCUACUUUUCUUAGAAAAUCCGCUCUGGACUCGCAAGCGACAGCACAAUAUUGGGCAGCUACCGCGACUCGUUCUUCUCCCCUCAUCAUCUGAAUGACGGGCGGACGGUUCGACUUUGACGAUGGUGGCACAUAUUGCGGUGGCUGGGAGGAUGGGAAAGCCCAUGGACAUGGCGUCUGUACCGGGCCCAAGGGCCAAGGCGAAUACUCCGGGUCCUGGAACAAUGGUUUCGAGGUAGUGGGGGUUUACACCUGGCCCAGUGGAAACGUGUAUCAGGGCUACUGGGCACAGGGGAAACGACACGGACUCGGUGUGGAAUCGAAGGGAAGAUGGAUUUAUCGUGGCGAAUGGACUCAUGGAUUGAAAGGUAGAUACGGGGUCCGGCAAAGUCUCCACACGCCUGCCAGAUACGACGGGACGUGGAGUAAUGGUCUGCAAGAUGGAUAUGGAGUUGAAACGUAUGGUGAUGGAGGUACAUACCAGGGGCAAUGGACAGGAGGAAUGCGACACGGAUACGGUGUGAGACAAAGUGUGCCUUACGGGAUGGCUACGGUUAUUCGUUCCCCUCUCCGAACCUCGAUGGCCUCGCUUCGCAGCGAACAGAGCAAUGGCACCGUCCUCCAUGCCAACCUUGACCUGUCAGACAGCCCAGCCGGCAUUAGAGGAGGCUUUGUUCUCAACUUCCACAGUGAAGGCGAAGGUGAGAAGAAAAAGGGCCUGUUUCGUAGAGGGUCCCUGUUCGGAAGCCUCAGAAACCUCCGAAAGUCAGACUCCAGGUCGUCCAUAUCGAGCAAACGCAGCUCUGCCCCCAGUGAUGCCGCCAGCUCCAUCAGCCGAAUCAGCUCCAGUGAUGCCAACUCCACCAUCAGCUUUGGAGAUGGAGUUGAUGAGUACAUGCCCCUGGAGGACAAUGUAGAUGCCACCACCACAGAGUCCUACAUGGGGGAGUGGAAGAAUGACAAGCGGAACGGCUUUGGUGUCAGCGAGCGUACCAACGGGAUGAAGUAUGAGGGUGAGUGGAUGAACAACAAACGCCAUGGCUAUGGAUGCACAAUGUUCCCAGACGGCAUCAAAGAAGAGGGGAAGUAUAAAAACAAUGUGUUGGCGCGAGGCAUCAAGAAGCAGCUCAUUCCUCUCAAAAACACCAAAACUAAACAGAAAGUGGAUCGGGCUGUGGAAGGAGCCAUACGGGCAGCAGCUAUUGCCAGAACAAAAGUAGAAAUAGCCACAUCAAGAACAGCUCAUGCCAGGACUAAAGGCGACGCUGCUGACCAGGCCGGUCAGUCAGCCAGUCAGGACUCCGACAUCGCCAGGGCAGUGGCCAGGGAACUGUCCCCCAACUUCCAUCAGCCAGGCCCUGAUUAUAUAAAGCAGAGGUUCAACGAACCGAUUGAACCUAUUGUUCAAGAGGAGAAGAAAGAAAAGACCCCUUCAAGUAGCCCACAUUUCUACCGUAAAGGCACAACCCCAGACAACUCUCCCACCGCGACUCCACAGUCCUCUCCCCCACCAACACCCCCGUCAACACAUACCCCGGAGCCCAAGAAGAGCUUCUUCAGCAAGCUCGCCCCCAAGCCUGGGAAAGAGAACAAGACCCCUGCAGCAGAGAGCCAGCUCCCGGUCAUCACAAAGGCAGUGUCUAAGACAUCGUUGAAACAGGAAGUAAGACAGGAAUUGCCUCAACCGAAACCGUUCAAAAUGGAGGAGUCGGUCCCCGCCAGCCCUGGCAAUGGACAGCUGCACACUGACACGGAGUACCACGGCUACUACGUGAAGGCAGACGUGAAGCUCCCUCAAGACGAACCUGAGGACAUAGAUGAGCAUGUUACCCCGUCCGCCCUCACCCGGAUGCCACCGCCAGCAAAACCUAUGGCGCAGUACAGGGCACCCACCCCAAAACCUAUAGCACCAAAGUCGGUAUCCAAAGAAAGCAAACCUGAAUCAAGACUUAAGAAACAAGAUUCGUAUAAGCCAAGAAGUCUAGCAGAAACUAGGAAACAAGCCAGCUUGGAGAUCACAACGGAUUUCGUAGAGGAAGAGUCAGGUCCAAACUCAAUACUGGUUGCCCUUGUAAUGCUGUUGAAUAUUGGUCUAGCAAUUAUUUUUGUCCAUUUUUUAACCUGACGGAAUCUGAACUGAGGGAACUCAUCAAAACUAGUGGCGCAGGCCCCUAUCUCUGCAGUUGCGUCAAUGGCCUUUAAAAAUGGCGCCGGUCAGGCACAGACACAGGCAAAGAAGGACUGGAAAUAGAGUGAAACACCGGAGAAAGAUGAGAACAGGACCAUUCGGCCCCGACGCUGCCCCGUUUUGCUGGCGAUGAUUUGUGACACGCUUAGGUUCUGUGAAAUCUGAAGCAAGCAGUCAUUGCGAAAGCAAAAAGAAAUAUCUGCUGAUCCAAGCUGUUACCAGUCAAGUGCGUUGCCUCUCCAUCUGCCCUGUCAGGAGGAAUGUGGAGGGGGGUGGGAGAGGGAGGGCUUGACAGGAUAUGUUCGGAGAUGCACUUUUAGUUGACGGAAGAUAACAGCUGCCUUACUAUUUUACCAUCUGACGUUUUAGUGGGUAGAGGCAGUGCACAAGGCUGCCAGAGGAAUGUGUUUCGGCAGGCUUUGCUGCCGUGGGAGUGUGUCUCUGUAUUUGCUAUAAUAUACACUUGGUACAUAAGAUUUUUUAUUUAUUUUUUAAGUCGCACUCACCAGUCUUAUUCCAUUCCCCAGCCUUAUCUAACUUCUCCUUUUGGGACAUGCUUGUGCGUGGGCCGUUUCAAGUCCAUUUGUUUUGUGUAUUUGUUAGUAACUGUUCGUUUUUUCAUGUGUUUUUUCCUUUGUUUAACCUUAGGUAUUACAAAUUAUUAAGAGAGCGUUUUAUUUAUUUAAGUCUAGUCCAUGCAUUUCUCAAACUUUUUUAAGAUCCUUCAAAUCCAAAAAGAAUUUCCCUAACGCCUAUGCUACACAAAGCAGUUCUCAUUUGAAAGACAUUGAAAUGUUUAAUUCCAGUUAUUUCUACAUUGUCAAAUUUGAGAGUAAUGUAUAUGAAAUUGAAGCAUCUUAGCAGUAUACAAACACAGAUUGUGCAUUAACUUUUGACUAAACAGCUUGUUUUUUACUAACCAGCUAUUUAUUGGUUGGCUGCAUGUAACACAAAUGUAUGAGGUUACAUUGUUAAUCAACACUGAUUUGUGAGGGCUAACUGGUGAUAUGGAAUAACUUUCCUCCUGAUUCAACUUGUAUCUAUCUUUAACCAGCCACUGAUACGGUUUGUUAACAUAGCUAGUCAUUGUUCUUUCUGCACACUGACCCUAUAUUGCAUCAAAUUAGUUGUUUGUAAUUUUAUUGAUUUUAACAUAAAAAGCAAAAGGGCUGUAGUUUUGGAAGUGGGUUGCACUUCGUUAGAUAUUUUUAUUUUUUCAUUGUGCAAUCAAGGAUCAAUGUCCCCAAAAAAUUGUGGUCUAAAUUGUUUUGUGAGAUAAAGACUUAAUGGUUAAUUUUGCAAUUGUACAUUGUCAAAUGGAGGCAUAAUGACUUGACAACUUGACUUCUUCUUCUUUUGUUCAAAUGUGUAGCAAAUAUGGCGUCCGACAUUGAUUUAUUGCCACAUGAAUAUGACAUAUACAGUAGGUUGGCGCAGGAAGAGAAUACAUUAGAAUAACGUGAUUAGUUUGGUUUGAAAAUAUGCAAUUGUGUCUUGUAGAAAAUUGUUGAGGAGUUGUUUGAUUUAGUCAUAUAUGAGUAUACUAUUUGUGCAUGGGUUGGUUAGUUGAUGAAUGUCACAUUUUUUGCUUAAUAGUUGAGUCUUUAAAUUUGGCCGAGCCAACACCCCACCAACACUCUGGACCUCAUACUAACUAACUUGCACCGUUGUGAAAGCAGUCCAAUGCUCAAAGCCCCUCUCUGCAAUUACACCUUGUUAUGUGUGUUGAAUACAUUCAGAUAGAGUAAAUGGUUGGCUAAAUGUUUAGAUGAGUAUCUGUGAGGACUGUUAGAACAUUAGAAUGUUCCAGUUUACUUUGGGGAAGACAGAGGAGAGGGUCUUAAAUAUGAAAGUCUAAUUACUGUAUUUUGUCGUCAAUAUAUUAUUAAUAUUAUUUUGUGCCUAGUUAGCGAAGCAUGAAUAUUUAUUUAUAUUUUUGGAAUAAUAAAUGUAAUUUUUUCUCAAUUAAAGUUGAAUAAAUAGAAUGAAAUGUAUUAUAUUUAUAAAAGCGUACAUUUUGGAUAACAUGUUGACAGGUGUAGGAGAUGCAUUUUCACUGGUUAUGGUAACAUUUUCAUUGCAGCAAUGCUAAGAGUAUGGUAUGAGGAGUUGAAGGAUGUGUUAGUUGGAUUUCAGGGCAGUAACAUUGCGAUGUUUUACAGAGGUUUGGUCAUAGACUGCCACAGAGAGUAUGUGAGAUGGGAAGAAGAAAGCAUCCGAAGGGAAAAUGGCUCCAGAUGUGUUUAUUACUACUUCUCGGAAUGUAAAGUCAUAAUGGACAUUUAGAGCACAUCGUUAAAGAGAACAGGCAACGUUCAAAGUUGAAAGUACCACGAUGAAUGAUCAAUAAUGUAUUUUUCUUGUCUAAACUGUAUUUGCACACAGCUAUGUAUAAGGCUAUUUUCUACUAAUUGUACCUGAAGCUCCAUACAUUUUUUUUGCCCAAAAUGACGAGCUGUUGUUACUUUUUAAAGGCAAAGUAAGUAUUUUUUAGGUGUGAUUGUAUUUUUCUAAAAUGUGUUUUGGAAAACUAGUCUGUAAACUUUUGGAAAAAUGUAACUUACCAUUUGAUAGAUAUUUUUAAUUCGUGAUUUUAAUAUCAAUUCAAUAUUUAUGAACUUUUGCCAGGCUUACAAAGAACAUCACUGAAUAUAAAAUAAACAACAAGAAGCUAUAUUGGACGACGAGUUUUGAUAUUUAUGAUCUUCUGACUACAAUGAUUUUAAUGGAUUUUGGGGCACUUGUUCCCCCACAUUAAGAAUUAAAAUAACGUUUACAUCAUUUUUUUGUGUCUGUCCAAUUUUGUGUGGGGGCACCUUUCUUUUGUCCAUCAUUAGAAGUUGGAUCAGUGAAGGCAAGGAGGCUAUCUGAAAAGAGACAUCAUUUGACCAUAGAUAUACAGAUGUUAGUGUUCAAUCAGCAACGAUGUCCAACUCAGUUUCAUGUUAACGUUGUAUGUUUUAUAAUUGUAGUCUAAAUUGUUUUGAGAUAAAGGCUUACAUUUUGCAACUGUAUAUUGUCAAAUGGAGGCAUGACUUGCCAACUUGAUUUUUUAUUUUGUUCAAAUUUGUAGCAAAUAUGGCAUCCGACAUUGAUUUAUUGCCACGUGAAUAUAACAUAUACAGUAGAUUGGCGCAUGAAGAGAAUACAUUAGAAUAACGUGAUUAGUUUGGUUUGAUUUUAAUUUGAAAAUAUGCAAUUGUGUCUUGUAGAAAAUCGUUGAGGAGCUAUUUGAUUUAGUCAUAUAUGAGUAAACUAUUUGUGCAUGGGUUGGUUGAUGAAUGUCACAUUUGUUGCUUAAUAUUUGGUGUCUUUAAUUUGGCUGAGCCAACACCGCAACAACACUGGACCUCAUACUAACUAACUUGCACCGUUGUGAAAGCAGUCCAAUGCUCAAAGCCCCUCUCUGCAAUUACACCUUGUUAUGUGUGUUGAAUACAUUCAGAUAGAGUAAAUGGUUGGCUAAAUGUUGAGAUGAGUAUCUGUGAGGACUGUUAGAACAUUAGAAUGUUCCAGUUUACUUUGGGGAAGACAGAGGAGAGGGUCUUAAAUAUGAAAGUCUAAUUACUGUAUUUUGUCGUCAAUAUAUUAUUAUUACAUGGUGCCUAGUUAGCUAAGCAUGAAUAUUUAUUUUUAUUUUUGAAUAAUAAAUAUAUGUUCUGUUUUCCCAGCUAAAGUUGAAUAAAUAGAAUGAAAUGUUUCAUAUUUAUAAACGCGUACAUUUUGGUUAACUGUUGGCAGGUGUAGGAGAUGCAUUUUCACUGGUUAUGGUAACAUUUUCAUUGCAGCAAUGCUAAGAGUAUGGUAUGAGGAGUUGAAGGAUGUGUUAGUUGGAUUUCAGGGCAGUAACAUUGCGAUGUUUUACAGAGGUUUGGUCAUAGACUGCCACAGAGAGUAUGUGAGAUGGGAAGAAGAAAGCAUCCGAAGGGAAAAUGGCUCCAGAUGUGUUUAUUACUACUUCUCGGAAUGUAAAGUCAUAAUGGACAUUUAGAGCACAUCGUUAAAGAGAACAGGCAACGUUCAAAGUUGAAAGUACCACGAUGAAUGAUCAAUAAAGUAUUUUUCUUGUCUAAA